CCGCUGCCCCCGCACCCUCCUAGCUUUCAAGCAUGAAGAGUUGGAAAGAUAUGCGAAAGGAGAUCCUUUAUCUCACCGCCAAUGCCACGGGCUCUCCGAAUCAGAUGUACCAGGCUGUGUCACGUAUUGUCUGUGGCCACCCAGAGGGUGGCGGCCUCAAAAUCAAGUCUCUCAAUUGGUAUGAAGAUAACAACUACAAGGCGCUGUUUGGAAACCAUGGCAAUGAUAGUGACAACGAGCCCCUUUCCUACGACAAUACAUCCACUCCUUAUUGCAACACCAUGAUGCGGAGACUGGAGUCUAGCCCCAUUUCCAGGAUGAUCUGGAGAGCUCUCAAGCCACUGCUUGUGGGAAAGAUCCUGUACACCCCAGAUACUCCAGCCACACAGAGGAUAAUCCACGAGGUGAACAAGACCUUCCAGGAGCUUGGCCUGUUGAGGGACCUUGGUGGGAUGUGGGAUGAGCUGAAGCCCAAAGUGUGGAACUUCAUGGAGAACAGUGAAGAAAUGGAUUUGGUUAGGACGCUGCUCCAAAAUAACGCCAGCGCCACUUUCUUGAACACCCAACUCAGUGGGACUGAGUGGCGGGUGUCCGACGUGUCGCACUUCCUUUCCAAAUCUUCGGAUGACCAAAGACCUGCAGGAUCAGCAUACACCUGGAGGGAUGUCUUCAAUGAAAGUGACCAGGCCAUACAGACAAUUUCACGGUUCAUGGAGUGUGUCAACCUGGACAAAUUGGAGCCAGUAGCAAACGAGGAGCGCUUGGUCAACAAAUCCAUGGGUCUGCUUGACAACCAGAAGUUCUGGGCAGGCAUUGUGUUCCCCGACAUCACCCAUAGCAACAGCUCUGACCUGCCUCCCAACGUCAACUACAAAAUCCGCAUGGACAUCGAUAAUGUUGAAAGGACCAACAAGAUCAAGGAUGGCUACUGGGACCCCGGCCCCAGGGCAGACCCUUUCGAGGACUUGCGGUACAUCUGGGGUGGAUUUUCCUACCUGCAGGAUGUGAUUGAACAGGGAAUCAUCCGAGCUGUGACAGGCACCAAGGAAAAGACUGGGAUCUACAUUCAGCAGAUGCCCUACCCCUGCUACGUCGAUGACAUUUUUCUGCGGGUGAUGAGUCGAUCGAUGCCUCUUUUCAUGACGUUGGCAUGGAUGUAUUCGGUGGCCAUCAUCAUCAAGGGGGUGGUCUACGAGAAGGAGGCCCGGCUCAAGGAGACCAUGAGGAUCAUGGGACUGAACAAUGGCAUCUUGUGGCUCAGUUGGUUCAUCAGCAGUUUGAUUCCACUGCUGAUUAGCGCUGGCUUAUUGGUCAUGAUAUUGAAGGUCGGCAACUUGCUGCCUUACAGCGACUCAGGCGUUGUCUUCCUUUUUCUGAGCUCUUUCGGCGUGGUAACCAUCAUGCAGUGCUUCCUUAUCAGCACAUUGUUCUCUCGUGCCAACUUGGCAGCAGCCUGUGGUGGAAUUAUCUACUUCACCCUCUAUCUGCCCUACGUGCUGUGUGUGGCCUGGCAAGACUACAUUGGAUAUGGAGCUAAAAUUGUCGUGAGUCUGCUUUCUCCUGUAGCUUUUGGUUUUGGCUGUGAGUACUUAUCCCUGUUUGAGGAGCAAGGUGUGGGAAUCCAGUGGUCCAACUUGCUGGCGAGCCCCCUGGAGGAGGACAGUUUCAAUCUGACCACCUCCAUCUGUCUCAUGCUCUUCGACGCCGUUCUCUAUGGACUAAUGACGUGGUACAUUGAAGCUGUGUUCCCUGGCCAGUAUGGGAUCCCCAGGCCUUGGUAUUUCCCUAUAACCAAGACAUAUUGGUGUGGCGAGCAACAGAGCAAGAACAUCUCAAGCCUUUUGUCCAAGAAAGGCAAUGCUGAUGCCGUGUGCAUCGAGGAGGAGCCAAGCCACAUAGAUCCGGGUGUUUAUAUUGAGAAUCUGGUAAAGGUCUACAGUCAUGGAAACAAGCUGGCAGUGGAUGGUCUCUCGCUGAGAUUCUACGAAGGACAGAUUACCUCCUUCCUGGGUCACAAUGGAGCUGGCAAGACCACCACAAUGUCAAUCCUAACGGGGUUGUUCCCGCCUACUUCCGGAACUGCCUACAUCUUAGGCAAAGACAUUCGCUCAGAGCUGAGUACCAUCAGACAGAAUCUGGGGGUCUGCCCCCAACACAAUGUGCUUUUCAGCAUGCUGACAGUGGAAGAGCACAUCUGGUUUUAUGCUCGCCUGAAGGGACUGCCUGAGGAGAUUGUGAAGGCCGAAAUGGAACAAAUUGUUAAUGAUGUUGGAUUGCCUCAUAAACGACGGUCACGCACCAGCACACUUUCUGGUGGGAUGCAGCGGAAAUUGUCAGUGGCAUUGGCUUUUGUCGGGGGCUCCAAAGUUGUAAUCUUGGACGAACCCACAGCUGGAGUUGACCCCUACGCACGUCGGGGCAUCUGGGACCUGCUUCUCAAAUACCGACAAGGGCGCACUAUCAUCCUGUCCACCCAUCAUAUGGAUGAGGCCGACAUCCUGGGUGACCGCAUCGCCAUCAUCUCGCAUGGCAAGCUCUGUUGUGUCGGAUCCUCGCUCUUCCUGAAGACCCAACUGGGCACCGGCUACUACCUGACCCUGGUCAAGCGAGACUACGACUUGGCACUUCAGUCCUGCAGGAAUUCUGCAAGCACUGUGUCUUACAACAAGAAAGCUGAGAAGGAGGAUAGUGUCUCUGAGAGCAGUUCAGAUGCAGGCCUUGGCAGUGAACCAGAGAGUGAAACCACCACCAUUGAUGUUUCCCUCAUCUCCAACGUGAUUUUCAAGCAUGUCUCAGAGGCUCGUCUGGUGGAGGACCUCGGACACGAGCUCACCUACGUCCUGCCCUAUCAGUCGGCUAAAGACGGAGCCUUUGUCGAGCUCUUCCAUGAACUUGAUGACCGUCUCACCGACCUGGGAAUAUCGAGCUAUGGAAUAUCAGACACCACCCUAGAGGAGAUUUUCUUGAAAGUGGCUGAGGACAGUGGAGUUGAUUCUGUGGAACUUUCAGAUGGAGUAGUGCCGACGAGGACACGUCGCCGCCAUGCAUUUGGAGACCAUCAGAGCUGCUUGAAGCCCUUCACUGAAGAUGACUUUGAUUUCAAUGACUCUGAAGAGUCCCGUGAGACUGACUGGCUUAGUGGCAGUGAUGGCAAAGGCUCCUACCAGGUCAAAGGCUGGAGUCUGAAGCGACAGCAGUUUGUGGCACUCCUCUGGAAAAGAUUCCUCUAUGCUCGCCGUUCCAGGAAGGGCUUUUUCGCACAGAUUGUCCUCCCAGCUGUGUUUGUGUGCAUUGCUCUGGUGUUCAGCUUAAUUGUUCCUCCAUUUGGAAAGUACCCCAGCCUGGCUCUGGAUCCCAGCAUGUAUGGAGAGCAGUUUACCUUUGUCAGUAAUGACAUCCCUGAGGACCCUCAUAUCAGCAAACUACUUGGAGCUUUGACAGACAGACCAGGAUUAAGAACACGCUGCAUGCAUGGCGAAUCCGUUUUGGACACUUCGUGUGCUUCCGAGGAGGCCGAGUGGUUGAUUCCACAAGUACCUCAAAGUGUGAAGGACAUGUUCGACAAUGGCAACUGGUCAAUGGAGAAUCCGUCACCCCUGUGCGAAUGCAGCUGCGAGGGGCGCAAAAGGAUGCUGCCUGAAUGUCCAGCUGGUGCAGGGGGCCUUCCGCCUCCACAGACGAAGCUCAGCGACAAAGACACUCUUCAGAAUUUGACGGGCAGAAAUGUGUCAGAUUACCUGGUGAAGACUUACGCUCAAAUCAUUGGCAAAAGCCUGAAGAACAAGAUUUGGGUCAACGAGUUCAGAUAUGGUGGCUUCUCGCUUGGCGCCAGGGGCUCUCAGCUUCCAGCCCAGAGAGACGAGAUCGAUGAGGCAAUUGCUCAACUGCGUUUGCGCUUCCGCCUAGAAAGGGGAACUGCAGCAGAUCGUUUCUUUCGCAGUCUCUCCAACUUCAUUCAAGGAUUAGACACCAAUAAUAAUGUCAAGAUCUGGUUCAACAACAAGGGCUGGCACAGCAUUGGCUCUUUUCUAAAUGUGAUGAACAAUGGAAUCCUUCGAGCAAGUCUGCCAGCUGGCGAAGACCCCGCCAAGUUUGGUAUCACUGCCUAUAAUCAUCCCCUCAACCUCACCAAGGAACAGCUGUCACAAGUUGCCCUAAUGACGACAUCGGUGGAUGUGCUGGUGUCCAUCUGCGUGAUCUUCGCCAUGUCCUUUGUACCCGCCAGUUUCGUUGUCUUUCUAAUCCAAGAGAGGGUGAACAAGGCCAAACACUUGCAGUUUAUCAGCGGAGUGCAACCUUUCCUCUACUGGCUGGCCAACUUUGUUUGGGACAUGUGUAACUACAUUGUCCCUGCCACACUGGUCAUCAUCAUUUUCAUCUGCUUCCAACAAGAUGCUUACGUCUCCUCCACCAACUUGCCCGUGCUGGCCUUGCUGCUCCUGCUGUAUGGGUGGUCCAUCACGCCUUUGAUGUACCCGGCCUCAUUCUUCUUUAAGAUACCCAGCACGGCCUACGUAGUUCUGACCAGUGUCAACAUACUGAUAGGAAUAAAUGGCAGCGUGUCCACAUUUGUACUGGAGCUGUUUGGUGGCAAUGAGAUCGGUGGUAUCAAUGACAUCUUGAAGAACGUAUUCCUCAUCUUUCCUCACUUCUGUCUGGGACGAGGAUUGAUCGACAUGGUCAAGAAUCAAGCCAUGGCGGAUGCUUUGGAGAGAUUUGGUGAAAACCGUUUCCGUUCUCCUCUGGCUUGGGAUAUGGUGGGAAAGAACCUGUUUGCAAUGGCCAUUGAGGGAGUCAUCUUCUUCUGCAUCACCAUCCUCAUCCAGUACCGUUUCUGUAUCAAAGCCAGGUCAUCAUCCAGCCACCUGAAGCCAAUUGGCGAAGAAGAUGAAGAUGUGGCCAGAGAACGACAGAGAAUCCUAAGUGGUUCAGGGCAAACCGACAUAUUGGAGCUUCGUCAGCUCACAAAGAUUUAUAAGCGGAAACAAAAGCCCGCUGUGGACCGCCUGUGCGUUGGCAUUCCCCCAGGCGAGUGUUUUGGUUUGCUGGGAGUCAACGGCGCAGGGAAAACCAGUACGUUCAAAAUGCUCACAGGCGAUUCAGUGGUUACCAGUGGAGAGGCCUACCUGGCAGGCAAAAGUGUGACAACAGAAAUAGAUGAGGUGCAUCAGAACAUGGGCUACUGUCCGCAGUUUGAUGCCAUCAAUGACCUGCUGACGGGACGAGAGCACCUUGAGUUCUACGCUAUUCUCAGAGGUGUUCCUGAGAAGGAAGUGUGUGAGGUGGCAGAGUGGGGCAUUCGCAAGUUGGGCUUGGUCAAGUAUGUUGACAAAUCGGCAGGGAGUUACAGUGGAGGCAACAUGAGAAAACUGUCCACAGCAAUCGCUCUCAUAGGAGGACCACCAGUUGUAUUCCUGGAUGAACCUACAACAGGCAUGGACCCGAAAGCACGGCGUGCCCUGUGGAAUGCCAUCCUGAGCAUUAUCAAAGAGGGACGAUCUGUCGUCCUGACCUCCCACAGCAUGGAGGAGUGUGAAGCGCUUUGCACCAGGAUGGCUAUCAUGGUCAAUGGCAGAUUCCGCUGUCUGGGGAGUGUACAGCACCUGAAGAACAGGUUUGGAGAUGGUUAUACCAUCAUCCUGAGGGUGACCGGACCGGAUCCAGAUCUCAGGCCAGUGAUGGAGUUCAUUGAGCUGGAACUUCCUGGGAGUACACUGAAGGAGAAACAUCGCAACAUGCUUCAGUAUCAAUUGCCCUCCUCCCUCACCUCCCUCGCACGCAUCUUCUCCCUGCUGGCCACCAACAAGGAGGCACUCAGGAUAGAGGACUACUCUGUCUCUCAGACCACACUAGACCAAGUGUUUGUAAAUUUUGCCAAGGACCAAAGUGAUGAGGACCACUUGAAAGACGUCCACCUGAGCAAACGCGACGCGGUGGUCGUGGACAUUUCCCAGCUCAACUCUUUCCUCAUGGACAGCAAGACCAGGGAGAGCUGUGUCUGAUUCCACCUUGCCACCAGAGGGUGUCGCCAUGUGUCACCCCCCACCCCCCCCCAAACUCCCACCCCAGAUAUAAUCUGCACCACGAAAUUUCAAACGGGAGACAGACUAUGUUCACUUUAUUUUGUUCUCAUUUGUAGUAUUCUUUUUUUUUGUAAUUAUGUCUCAGUGGACCUGCUGUUAAGUGCACAGCCUCUGAAGAUAUGACGAGGCAGAGACUGCAGGUAUUGUUAAAACACUGAACUCAAUGCAAGUCAAUGCAAGAAAUCUCUAUAUUUAAGACGAAAAGAUACUUGAGUGAGGGUCGGAGACUGGUGCUUCUCCUUCACUAUGGACAAUUGAGGCGGGGUUGUCAUGCUUUGUUUGACUGGAAAAGUAGCCGUGCUACUGUCUCAGAGGAAGUCUCACUGAAAGCCCAUUCCAAAAAGUAGCAAGCUACUUGGCCGAGGGAAGAAGAAUGUUCUGAUCAUUCACUGCCGACCGCAAAAGGAUUUCAAGGACUUCAAACCCUUUUUCAGAGUCAAAUGUCUUCGUUACCAGGAGCAGUUUUAUAAAGCAGGAUGUGUCUCAAAAUAAUCCCAACGCAUUUCAAGGGAGGAACACAAAAUUAAUGACACUUUUUUCUCAUUUGACUCAUGAUAAGUUGUAACUUUGUUGUACCUUUCUUUGAAUAACAGUUGAUUGAUAACGUUGUUGUCGUUUUCAUUUGUUGUUCUUCAUGUCAUGACUUAGUUCAUCACAGUGCCUAUGGUGAAGUGGGAAAUAAAUGUUAGCACUCCAUUAAUAACAUCAAUAUAGGCUGGAAAGGGAUGUUUCAGACCAUUUGACAAAGAAUACUCUUUUUUUUGUGAAGAGUAGAAAAAGUUGUUCCCUGUUUAAAAAAAAAAAAGAACAAACAUAAUGUUAUCUUGAUGUCUGUACAUGAUGUGCAGUCCACUGUUAUGCCAUGUUUUCACUCGGCCCCGCCGUCUUGGGUUUCUUUGAGUGAAAGGUGCAGGGGGUUGAACAAGAAGAUGAACAUUGCAUGCUCGCCCCCGCCUGUAGUGUGGCAAAGCUUGCAGAUUGUUUCGUUGUUAGUGGAUUUUAAGAACUGCGUGUACACGAGGGCACUGAAUCUAAAUGAGGAAAUUGUGAUUCGUGGGAUGGGAGGGGGGGAGUCAAAAGGUAGCACUCAUACCUGCUAGUUGACAGUCGUACUUCUGCUUUCCUUGUGAUGGAACUAAGAUGGUCAAUGUUAUGUACAGUAGAAGUGUUGUGGUGUUCACACAAACAUAAGCAACAAGCAGUUCCGUGCCAAACUGAAUACUGACGAGGCAACUGUUUUGUACAAUUUAAAGAUGUGCUUUUUUUUUUUUUUUUGUCAUUAGGCCACUUAAAGCAAACUACAACACAUGUUACUGUAGGGUGAAAAGUUGCCAAACUCUAAUAUUGACUGUGCUACCAUGACUGGACACAAUCAGGGACCAUUGCAAUUUAAUUAGUGCUCUGACCAAAUACAUAGAAUUAUAUGCAGGGUUGAAGGAGGUAACUGGUGCUGAAUGUUCAGUAAAAUCUUGGAAAGGGUUUCCGAACAGCUCUGGAUUUAUUAGUAAGCUGUUGCGGACACCCGGAAUGGCUGAAAGACAUUGAGCAGAGCACCAAAAACAAAAAUUUGCUACACAACAUCAUCAAGUCUUUACUUUUAAAGGUAGGAGUGCUUGACCGAGAAAAGUCAAAUUGAGAUUCGUGAAAUCGAGAGAUAGUGGUAACGUGGUGAUUUUUCUCCUCUUUUUGCUCAAUAUUCCUAUUCGUUUACAUUUUUUUCAAGUAUUAAACAACAGCUGAUUGAGUCUGUUACCCAUUGUGUAUAGUAACUGUUUCAAUAAAGUUCAUACAUUUUGGA